UAUAAUAAAAAAACACAAGAGCCAUGCGAAAUUCGAGGAAUGAACAGUACAGUGGCGAAACUAGGAGGCUGAACAACACGAUCGACCCCGUAAAUGCGGUGGACAGGGAGUUCUCUAUUUUCCAGAGGAUACCCAAGCUAAAAUUCAAAUCGACGGAACCCCUACCCAUCUCUUCCAGGGACUAUGGCUUGAUGAAGUCCUCUAGAAAGUCAUCGACGCCAUAUCCUCGCGCGGAGCAAGGCGUGGAUGCCAAUUUACUAAAGGCGCGCCUGAUAAUGGGUACCGACUCUGAGCAUCGAAACCAUUCCGGGUUGCUCAAAACACGGCCGGAAAAGGUGGAAGACGGAAGUCCCAGUAUCAGCGAUGCGAGCUCUCACUGGUCCAAAUCCAUGCAAAAACCAAAGCCGUCGGUCAACGUACUUCAGCGCCACUCGCCGACUAAGAAUUUUCGCGAUAUAGUUUCCGUUGGAACUCCGCAUCCCAAAAAGGGCGUGGCCCUGAAUGCCAAGAUACUCGACAGGCGACUGACCGAUCUAAGCGAGCUGAUUAAAAGGAAACCUGACUUGAGCGAGCAUUCAAUGGCAGCCUCCCUGAAGCCGAAGUUGUCAAAAGUGAAAAAGAGGGUCCUCAUGGCAACGCCCGACGAUAGUCGAGAAUCGGGGAUUUCGCCCGGAUCACCGCCGGUUGGAGAAGUGGUCGCUGAGAAUGGGACCCACAUCGACUACGACGGCUCGAUCAUCGGGGAAUUGCAGGAGCAGCGGCUGAGUUUCGCAGAGCGACGGAGCAUUUCCCAGAAGGGGGAGUACACCAUUGCGAAACACGGGCGGAAAAUGAGCGAUGUGAUGAUGGCGGUCCCAACAGCGGAUCAGGACGUUUUCGACAAUAAUGUGCACUACGUAGAGAAAGCCAGCUUGGAGAUUGAGAAGUACAUGAGAUCCCAGGGCCUGGUCAAGAUAUCAAACGAUCAGGUUACCAUGACCAGAAGUCUUGGCCGUGCAUCGACACUGGUGAGCCAGGCGGGAUCCCCUCAUGGAUGACCCUUCACUACUGGUGACGGGAGGGAUUUGUUGUAGCUUAGCUAGCACGAUUGCCAAAGCAUGAGAUACUUUUCCAUCUGCAGCACUCCUGCUAGCUAGAGGUACAAGAUGUCUGAAUACACUCAACAAUUUGGAUUUUGUAUUGUGUAAAUUAAAACAUGUUUAAGCUAUGGGAAUGAAGCAAAGGAAUUCAAUUAAUGCAAGCUCCAUGAUAUGAAGUAUAUACCUAUAAAACGA